AUGUUCGACAAGCCAAAAUAUCUUGGACUACGCACAAGAGACGGCAAAUUUGUCAUUGUCGAUUGUGAAACUGAUGAAAGACACGAAAUUUGUGAAUGGAGAGAACGAAUGGCAGUGUAUAUCAUUAAUGAAAAUGAUUCUGUAGUAAUUAGAGGUAUGGAAAGUUAUGAAAAUUAUUUAAAAUUUUUCAAAGCUGAACAAUUAUGAAAAUUUAGGUAAUGAUGAUGGAUAUGGAUGCCGAAUAUAUAGUGUAAAGAACAGACGAUUUGAAUUUUAUGAGCCCGAUGACGACCAUUGGUGUUUAUUUAAUUAUAAUACUCUUUUCAAUGAAAUUACGAAUUCGGUAAGAUAUUUUAAAAAAUUUUGUACUUUUUAUGUUUUUAAUUGCAUUUUUUAUAAAUGCGUAAUGAUAGUUUUUAAAUGAUUUAUUUAUUUACUUCCACAUUACCUCUGAAUAAUCCUAUUGCUAACCGACUGUCCGAUCGGACCUGCUGGUCCUAUUCCCCACCGCUCCAUAAAGUCCCAAAUAGAUAUGAGAAACGGGCCGGGCCCAGGGCCGGCCCGGUCCAAAAAUUUUUUUUACGCGGAAGCGGGCAGGGCCCAACUCAUUUUUCAGGCCCGGCCCGAUCAAAAUUUUGCUCAAGGCCGGCCCGAUGGCAGACCCGGGCCGUUUCUCAUGUUUAGUCUCAAAUCCCGCUCUUUUUUUUCGAGAGGGAGAGCCGUCGGUGGUUUAGCUGCCUGACAAGGGGAUAAUUUCGUCAGCACCAUUCCAAAUAAGGGGGGGGGGUAGAAAAAGUUGCAGACCGAUCCGACCGGUAGAAAAAAAGCGCGGGAAAACAAAAUUCAAAUUCCGGACUAUCGCAUUAGGUCCGGUCCGGGAAGAACUCUGGAUGUAAGAAGCAAUUAUCAACAAAAAAAAUUUUUGUUUUGAUUAUUCAAACGAAUUAACAUUUAAAUAAAAAAGAAUACCACUCAUUUACUCCGAAAAAGAAUCGAACCGACAUCGAAAGGGGGAUCGCAAUGUCACAGGUGCAAAACUUUGCGACAUACUGUCGCGUCGCGAUUAGAAUGGCGACGCGACAGCGUGUCGCGGCUGUUGCGACGCUCAAGCCACCACUGUGUUCAGUGGAAAGCUUGCGACAAGCUUCUUUUGACUGUCGCAAGUCCACUGACUCCUGCGACAACCGAGGGUGUCGCGGGGGAAUCUGCACGGUGCAGCGGAACAAAAAGGCCGUGAUUUUCCAGUUGUAAAAUUCUUUAGUGGAAUGACUGAUAUAACUUUUGAUGUAUAUACUUUUCAUUCUUACUUCAGACGAAAACCUUGAAUUCUUGUCCACGAAAAAAAUCUCUCAUAAUUUUUUGCGUUCUCUAGUUUUUUCUCUAACAUGUAAGGUCGACGGCAAUCAGACAAAAAGAAGGACCACACAAAAUUAUGAGAGCUUUUUUCGUGGACAAGAAUUCAAUGUUUUUGUCAAAAGUAAGAAUAAAAAGUAUAUACACCAAGGGUUAUAUCUUCAAAAUCUAAUGUUUCAUUUUUUAGUUUUUGGUUUAUAACAAACGAAUGAACCUUUGGCAGAUAAAAAAAGCAGAUCCAAAUCUUCAAUUAACUGAGCAAUGGUUUUCAUACAUUUUGGCAUACGCUGUGGCAUUACCAAAAUACCAGGUUAUAGAGACCUAUCAUAGACGUUUUUUCUUGAGCUUUGAAAGAGGUAAGUUAUACGACUUUGACACUUUUUCGUGA